AUGGCGCUGUUCAAGACUGGAUCUUCAAGAAGAGACAACAGCUCACUACGGAGGUUCACCAAGGACUGUGAUAUUCUGCAGAGAAUCGAUGCAACAUCUGGCUUGCUAGCCACAGAAGAGAUUUUUUUGAGGUGGUUUUCAGCCACAGUCCUCUGUACACAGUAA